AUGGAUGUGACUAGCAAAGUUGCUUUGCUAGUGUUAGAGUCAGAGGUGCAGGUAAGAUUCAAAGUUGCUUUGCCAGUGUCAGAGUCAGAGGUGGAGGUAAGAUUCAAAUAUAGCUUUGCCAGUGUUGAUCGGACGACGCUCGAACGAGGAGAGAUGCGUCUGUCGGUGAGCAUCGCCGACAACCCUCGCUUCUACGAGCCCGGAAAACUCUAUCAAGUGAGCGUGAAGUCGAGCAUAGACUUUGACGCAUUUGUCAUGAUGGGUCUCUACAGUCUGCCGGCUGCCGUGUCCAGCGCACCGAUGCAGCAGCAGCAGCAGCAGCAGCAGGCUGCGUUCGGAGCCUACCAUGCGAUGGCGGCCGGCGCGCACGCGCCGUUCGCGCUCCAACCUUUCGUCUGCUCCGUCACGGCCUCACACACGGGGGCGCCACAGAAGCAGAUGAGCUUCAUGUGGCAGGCGCCACCUGCCGGCGCCGGAUGCAUGGAUUUUCUUGCCACUUCAUCUCUACGAGGGCAAAUUAUCUUGAAGGACACUCUUGUCAUGCAGAUUUGUGAACAAGCAGUCGUGAACGUGAGCCGAUCGUAUGGACCGGACGUGGGAGGCCUCGAGAGACAUCACGUCAUCCUCCGCGACAACUUUGACAGUGACACAUCCGAGGACAGCUCUGUCUGGCAAGCUGCUUUAAUUAACUACACGAAAUCAUCAUUUCUACUUCAUCCACACUAUACUAAUUGUUUUGGCUGCACGUUGCUUUAG